CUCUUCACUUCGUGGGCAGAUUUUGGGCGGAGUAAAACCUCUCGCCUAGCCUCUUCCUCUCUGGCUUUAACAACUUCAGUGGAAUAACGAAAGGACAAAGAGGAUACGAUCUAGAUUCUAGACAAACCUUCUUUAUAACCAGAAGAAUCGUUAAACAGUUGGAAGGGCGAAGCCAGGAUUAUGAAUCUUCCGGAGGUGAAGGUGUGAGUGGAGCCGGUCUCCCACACGGACAGCCCAGCAUGGACAGCUUCUUUAAGGCUGCUGUGUGUGACCUGGACAAGCUGCUGGAUGAUUUUGAGCUCAAUACAGAUGAGCAUGAGUGCAGAUCAGUCUCCCUGUCGCCUCCCUCAUAUCCCGGCCACUCUCUGGGCGCCCAGGGUUUCCUUCCGGAACCCUCCAAAGUUCCAGUUCCACACUCUCUCCCUGACCUCAACUCCCUGCACUACGGCUCUGCUUCCAGCUCCCCCGACCAUCCUAGCCCCAGUCCUGUGGAGCGCGAGACCAAGGCCCGGCCCCUCACUGGGGUGGACCUGCUCUCCUCUGUAGACGGCCGGGGGUCAGCUAAGAGCUCUGCACCGCCCUGCCCAGACCGGGCCCUGAAGCCUGUGUGUGAUCUGGUCAGUGACACAGGCUCAGCCCACCUCCUCCGGGCCAACAGCCACAACGCCUUCAGUAAGCUGGAUGUGGCAGAGAGCCGGCUGGAGGAGGAGUUGCUGGUAGACUUCACCAGCCCCGUGGUGGCUUUGCCUAGGGAAGCCUCAGCAGGCCUGGGUCUGGGUCCCGGACAUGGGAGUACUGAGGGGGGGAAGGCUCUUGGCGGGGAAGGGGAGGUGCUGCUGGGGCUGGACUCUGGUGGUUAUGCUGCCUCUCUCAGUCUGCUCGAUGUGAUUUUGCCCGCUGCUGUGGAGAAAGCCUGUGAGCCCACGAAUCCCCCCUCGCUGAGAAACUCUGAGUCUGGAGAGACGGAGGGAGAGGAGGCAGGCAUAGAGGUGGCACUUAUCAACUGUCAACUGGAGAACUCACCUGACCACCAGGACCAGCCUGUAGUCCUGCCUGUUGCCAUGGACACCAAGACAGAGGACACUCUCACGUGUGAUAUCGCCACAGAUGUUAGGGAUGAGGGCGAGGGUUCUUUGGAGCACUCUGAACUGGCUGAAGCAGAGAGUUCUGGGAGCUGCACUGGACAGGAACCUAACUCUGAGGACUGCAGUGGCUGUGUGUCUGAGAGCCCCUCCGCCCUGUCCUGCCUGCCCAUGGCCGUGUCCAUGUGCAGGGCCCUGGUGGCCUCCAAGAACCCUGAGGAGGCCAUGGGAGGAGGGUCAGAUGUGGCUGAGGCUGUCCCAACUGAGACCUUAGAGGCAGAGUCCCUGUCUGCCUCUGAGGAGCAGGAGGAAGUCAGUCUCCCAGAGAACCCUGGGACUGUGGAGGACUGUACCAGCCAUGAUUCUGCCCCUGAGGACCUCUCUGUCCAGUCCCCUAAUACAGAGAGCCCAGAGAUGACAACUAUGCCUUUCCACCUGGCUGUCAGCACCUCAGCUCCCCCCGUCUCCCAGGUCAGCUUCUCUCAAGUGGAGGUCCAGCCGGCCCCCAUGUCUCCAGAGCGACCUGCGUCCCCUCCCUCAGAGCCCAGCCUAAGCCCGGUGGACCCACCUGAGUUUGGCUUUGAGUACCUGCCGGAGAGUGACCAGGCUGGGCUGCUGGUGACGGAUGAGGAGCUGGAUGCUUUCCUCCGUGGGGAGGCUCAGGGUGAGGAGGACCAGGGAGUCCCUCACUGCGAGAGGCCCGGGGAGAAUCUCCAGGACGAGGGCUUCUCCGAGCUCAAUGGGGACCUGGAGGAGCGGCUGGUGGAGGAGGAGCUGCAGAGCUACAGCCGGAGCCGAGGGGAGGGGUUGGCCUACCCGGAUAGCGACAGGACCUUGUCCGCGUCUGCAGAGGGGAGUGUGAGCCUAGCCCCCUCCAUGCCCUCCCAGGACCCCAGUAGUCCCAGUAACCUCCCACCACCCUACUUUGGAGGGGCCCGACCCAAACAGCUGCACUGCCAAGCAACCAGGGCACCUCCAGCAGUAGGGGAGGACCAGGGGCCCAGUAGCCCCACAGACAGCACCGGCGCUGGGGAGGAGGUGGACCAGAGCCCCUCUCCUCCCAGCCCCAAUCUUGCUCAGGACCCUUCUAAACUGGGUGUGCCCUGCCCAGGGUACUCCCCAACAGAGCCCUACGAGACCAGUGUGGGGUACAACGAGCUGUCGGAGCCACCACCCUACCCUGGCGAGCCUGCUGAGGAGGGGUCUGGGUCCUCAGAGGGGAGGGAGGUGGAGGAUGAGAAUGGGCUGGGGUGCAAGCAGCCCCCCUGGGUGCCAGAUUCGAAGGCUCCCAACUGUAUGAACUGCUGGCAGAAGUUCACAUUCACCAGGAGGAGGCACCACUGCCGGGCCUGUGGGAAGGUGUACUGUGCCAUGUGCUGCAACAGGAAAUGCAAGCUGAAGUACCUGGACAAGGAGGCCCGGGUGUGUGUCAUCUGCUUCGAGACCAUACACAGAACCCAGGCGCUGGAGCGUAUGAUGAGUCCGACAGGUCCGAGCCCCAACCCCAACGUCCCGUCAGAGUACUGCAGCACAAUCCCCCCUCUGCAGCAGGCCCGAGCUGCAGGCACCCUCAACUCCCCUCCGCCCACCGUCAUGGUGCCCGUCUCCGUGCUCAAAACCCCCGGCAGCGACGGUUGUCCUCGUGAGCAGAAGCGUGUGUGGUUUGCAGAUGGCAUCUUGCCCAACGGAGAGGUGGCCGACACCACUAGGCUAUCUGUGACCGGCAGGAGGAGUUCCCAGGAGUCCAGCCCUGUCACACCAGACCCCCCUACGGCUGGCAGCAGAGUAUCCCCUGGCUUUGCAGCGGUGUCUGAGGGUGGUAUGUCGGCCCCUGAGGUCCCAGCAAAGGUGGAGGUUGUGCGCCCCCCAGUGUCGGGGCCCUGGGACUACAGCCUGCUGUGUGGGCUAGGGAGCUGCGUAGAGAGGAGCCCCAGUCUGCUGCCAGAGGAUGACGAGGGCCUGCCACCUCUACUCAUCACCACCGGAGAAGAGGAGGGGGGAGGAGAUCUAUUGGUGGAGGAGCGACCCGCCCCCUGCCAGAUCCUGCUCCUAUUGGAGGAGGGAGGCCCGCGACCUUUAACCUUUGUCCUCAACGCCAACCUGCUGGUCAAUGUCAAACUAGUCAGCUACUGCAGUAGGAAGUGCUGGUGUCUGGGCUCCAGUGGUCUACAGACAGUAGGGCAGAGGGAGGUAGUGUUCAUCCUGGAGUGUCUGCCUGAGGAGAGAUCUCUGCCCAAAGACCUGUUCACACUGUACCUCUCCAUCUACCAGGAUGCACAGAGGGGAAAGUUUGUGGAGGAGCUGGGCAACGUGGCGUUCACAGGUAGUUUCCUGGGUAGUAAGGAGCACGGCGGGGUGCUGUUCUUCUCCCCUACCUUUCAGGCCCUGGAGGGCCUCUGUCUGCCUCCACAGCCCUUCCUCUGUGGCCUGCUCAUCCAGAGGCUGGAGGUGCCCUGGGCCAAGGUCUUCCCCCUUAGACUGCUGCUACGGCUGGGAGCAGAACACAGUGUGUACCCCAGUACGCUGGUUAGCGUCCGCUUCAGAGAGACUGUGUUCAGAGAGACCGGACACACCAUCAUGAACUUGCUGGCUGACCUGAGGAACUACCAGUACAGUCUGCCUGCCGUGGAGGGCCUGAGGAUCCACAUGGAGAUGGGCCACAGCUACAUAGACAUUCCCAAGAGUAGCUUUACUGAGAUGCUGAAGGUGGUGAACGCAUCUAACGAGCAUGUGAUCAGUGUGGGCGCUGGCUUCAGCUCGGAGGCUGAUUCCCACCUGGUCUGUUUCCAGAACGACGAGGGCAACUACCAGAGCCAGGCCAACAGCCAGCCUGGCAAGACACGCACAGUGACGGGGGCCAGCUUCGUGGUAUUCAACGGUGCUCUGAAGGCUUCGUCGGGCUUCAUCGCCAAGUCGAGCAUUGUGGAGGACGGUCUGAUGGUGCAGAUCCCCCCAGAGACCAUGGAGGCCCUGCGCGCCGCCCUGAGGGUACAGACGGACUUCCACAUCCCCUGUGGCAAGGCCGACGGAGGGGAGCUCCGGGACAACAUCACCGUGCGCUGGGUUGACUGGAGUGCUCCCGUCAACACUGGUGUGACCAGUGGUGUGGACGGGAAACCUCUGGAGGGGGUCCACAGUGUGAGGAUGCAGCAAGACACAGAGUUUGAGUCGGACGGACGCACCAUCAGGUGUACUGAGGUGUUCUACGUGUUGAAGAAUCCAGACGAGAUCCUGUCUGCGGUGCUGCCGUCCUGCUGUGUGUUCCAGAGGGAGAUGGCUGUGGCCAGCUGUAGUGCUCUAACCCCUCACCUCUCUGUCCUGUCAGCCAGCGGCAUCAACUCCCUCGCCCUCCGAGUCUCCACACAAACAGACAUGGUGGAGUACCAGGCGGGUUCGGGAGGCAGGCUCCUACCCCAGCGCUAUAUGAACGAGCUGGACAGUGCUCUGAUCCCUGUCAUCCACGGAGGCUUGGCCAGCGUACCACAGACAGCCAUGGACAUGGAGUUUAUCUUCUACAUCACACACACCAUUUAACACACACACACACAAACACAGUCUGACACAUGGAAACACACAAACUUUUAAACACACACAGUACGUGCAAAUACAAACACGCACAUAAACACGCAAGUUCAGUUGCACACAUGCAAACUUUUAGAAACACGCAGCCUGGAUGUCUUUGCACAGAGAGAAACGCUAGAGCUCAGAGGACCAUGGACAAGCUGGCAGGGCCUGAGGACACAAACAGCCAUUAAGACAUGGCUUGUGACCGGGCUGAGGAGACAUGCACAGCCAAUCAGGCGUAGCUAACGACUGAACUAAAGACACACGCCACCAAUGGCAGGACAUUCCCACAUAAUCUCCCACUGGAGGCCAGAGGUGUAGGCCUUUGUUCCUGGAUGGACAGUGGGGAAACUGGAACACGUGACGCGACUUUCUGUCUGAGAAACGUCACCAACGCUGCUUUAACACACAAGGCCAAACACUAAACACAUAACAACAACAACAACAACCAAAAAAACAACCCAAACUAUCCUGACACUGACUAUUCUCACCUCUUCCUGUUCUGCCUUCUUGGCUCCUUGCUGGUAUCUGUCUGUCAGCCAGUCAAGGAGCACCUUGAUGAAUGUUUCCAACAAACAAAGAUGUAUUCACUGUAUAUUUAGAAUGACCACAUGGUAAGAAAUUAUGAAUUAUAAUGAAGUAUGUUACUUGAUUGACAGCUGUAUAACACGCUUGAGAAGAGCAGCACGGGACUCUGUCGAUGUGAAACGUUAAUCGACAUUUGAGGAUGUGAAUGCUAUUUUAGAAUGAGGAAAUGGCCUUAUGUGGCAAUUCUGAAGUAGCUUCUCGUAAGCCUGCCAUUUUAGAAUGAAGUUUCAAACUUCCUCUCAGUUCAACAGCGGAGUGUGCAGCCGCGUCUUCCAUGUGGCAGACCAGUGGUAUCUAUGGAUGUUAUGUGGGAAGUUCCCUGACACAACUCACUGUCCCGUCUUGUCCAAAUGUAUAGGAGGUAUAUGUCGCAUAUACAAAUUAUAUUUCGAUUUUUUUUUAAGCUUAAAGUACUAUUUUUGGAACAGUUCCUUAAAUGGAUAUUUUUGAUAGGAUGUUGGCUAGCUGAGUCACUUUCGCAGGUGUAGUACCGAUAAAUUCAGAGGAGCACAGAGAAAAAUAUGUGAAGAGUUUCCUUUAGUCCCCUUGAUGUCAACUGAAAUGUAACAUACCAGUGGGAUUAGUCCACCAAGUUGAACCAAAUACUGCUGCAAAACAUGAACAUUUGCAAAAAUAUAAAUAAAAAGGCAUUGAUUAACUUUC